AUGGUCAACCCCAUUGUGUCCUUCGACAUCGCUGUCAAUGGCGAGCCCUUGGGCUGCAUCUCCUUCAAGCUGUUUGCAGGCAAGUUUCCAAAGACAGCAGAAAACUUUCGUGCUCUGAGCACUGGAGAGAAAGGAUUUGGUUAUAAAGGUUCCUCCUUUCAUAGAAUUAUUCCAGGGUUUAUGUGUCAGGGUGGUGACUUCACACGCCAUAAUGGCACUGGUGGCAAGUCCAUCUACGGGGAGAAAUUUGAUGACGAGAACUUCAUCUUAAAGCAUACAGGUCCUGGCAUCUUGUCCAUGGCAAAUGCUGGACCCAAAACAAAUGAUUCCCAUCCGGGCAAUUCCCAGUUUUUCAUCUGCACUGCCAAGACUGAGUGGUUGGAUGGCAAGCACAUGGUCUUUGGCAAGGUGAAAGAUGGCAUGAAUAUUGUGGAGGCCAUGCAGCACUUUGGGUCUGGGAAUGGCAAGACCAUCAAGAAGAUCACCAUCGCUGACUGUAGACAACUCAACUAG